AUUAAAAACUUCACAGACAGAUAAGAGGAUAACUCGAUACAACCCGCUGCGAUAAAAUUAAUCCGCGCUUUUCUGGUAUAAGAACACUUCGGGGCGGAUAACUUCCGUCCCAAGUUACUUUAUCUUGGAGUUGGAGGAACCUCCGAUUCUUAUAUCUCUUCCCGUUUUUUUUCCUUCUGUUGCAGUGCCUAGAUAGUAAGAAAUGGAAGAUAACAGGAGAGACAUUAAUGAAGCAAAUACCCGGGGAACUGAUUGGGAGGUCGUCUCUCUCACUGCAUCUACUUAUGCUGCAGCACCCGGUCCUCAAGGAUUUGAUCCAACCAUGCAGCAUAAAAAAGACGAGUUGAACAAAAAUGAACAGGAAUGUUCUGAGACAAUGUUCAUGUCCAAGCACUUUGAUGUGGCAUCACAGGAACCUAAGAAACUUCCAGCAGAAAAUUAUUACGGUGAAAUUUAUAACGUUGAAGAAGUUACCGAACCUGAGAAGUCUUAUAAAUACAAAAGCAAGAGUGACUCAAACAAUGAUUUACAUGGAAGUCAACUAUUUGGUAUUGGGCGCAGUUUAUCAGAUUGUGAUAUUAGUGUGGGAGACGAAAAGCAAGAGAAAGAUCUGAAAAUGGCAGAAAAGGAGCACGACUUUUUUGUCUCUCCCAAUAAUAGUUCUUUUGAUAAUGUGGCUAAUGUGAGCCUUCCUGUAAUUCAUGAUGACAUCUCUGACCUUGCUGUGACCAGAAACCCUUCUGAGGAGAAACUUGAUUAUUCUUGGAGAGAAGAUGGUUGCAAGCCGAAUGAAGAUGACAACGAAAGCUAUGAUGAUUCUUCUGAAUCUUGGUGGAAGAAGCGGGCAAUAUCUGUAUAUAAUCACGCCAAGGGGACAAACACGUUCUGGUCCAUCUUUGUUGCUGUGGCAGUUGCGGGACUUGUUUUUCUGGGACAACGAUGGAGGAGAGAAAAAUCUCAAUUUCAGCAAUUUAAAUGGAAGUUUAACAGCUCUGGCGAGAACAGUAUUGCUGGACCUGUCAGCCAGUUAAAAUUUCUGGCAGGCGGCAACCACCGUUACAAAUCAAUGAGCGAAGGGCUUCACCCGACCUUCUAAGAUUACGCGUAAUGGUGGUGGUGGUGAUGAUGAUGACGAAGAAGAAGACGACGACAACGAAGAUGAUGAAAUACCUAAAAGAGGUCCAUAAUAUCACAAAAUUGUGAGAGUUCAACUACAGAACUCUGUAUAUAGUUUGCAUCUUAAACCCUUUGUUUAUAGUUUGAUAUUAUUGGCUUCCUUCCGAGAACUUGAUAACUUUAUUGUAUUAAAUGCUCGUUCAUGUAUGAGUACUGAAUUGUUUUGAUCUUGUUGAUGCUUAUUAACAUUAUGCCAACUUGUGAUUUGGAGUGUUUU